AUGAGGAUAAGGGAACCAAAGACCACAGCGUUGAUCUUCGCCUCGGGAAGAAUGGUGUGUACUGGAGCCAAGACCGAAGACUCCUCCAAGCUGGCUGCUAGGAAGUACGCUCGGAUCAUUCAGAAACUUGGAUUUCAAGCAAAGUUCAUAUGGUGGAAGAUUUAUAUUGAUCUUGUCCUUACAGACCGAACUGGACCACAACCAAACAACAAACCAGAAAACUAA